GAACAAUAGAGGGCAGUGUGUAAAGACUCAGAUUCAGCAAGAAGCGGAAGUGGGGUUAUUUAUUAGUGAGGGCCGCCGGUUGCUGCUGGUAACAAAAGAUCGUUUAACAUGGUGAAGAUAUUUGUCGGGAAUCUGCCCCAAGAGGCAACCGAGGAGGAAAUCCAGGCACUCUUCACGGAGCACGGCACAGUCACGGAAUGUUCUAUCGUCAAAAACUUCGCGUUCGUCCACAUGGAUGAUCGCAAGGCCGCGACGAAAGCCAUCAAAGCCCUGCACCUCCACAAGCUCCACGGCUCGCCAAUUAACGUGGAGGCCAGCCACGGGAAGAACUACGGUGCGGUUAAGUUGCAUGUGGCCAACGUGGAAAGGGGAAUGGAUGAAGACCUCCGUGCAUUGUUCGAAGAGUACGGCAAGGUCACGGAAUGUGCCAUUAUUAAAAAUUUUGCAUUUGUGCACAUGCCAAAUUCUGAUGAGGCCAUGGAUGCCAUCCAGGGAAUUGACAAUACAGAAUUUAACGGUAAACGGAUCCACGUGCAGAUUUCGAAAAGUCGCCCCCGUGAAGAGCAGGAGGAGUACCCUCCUCCCCCAGACGGUGGUGGCUUUUGGCCUCCACCUUUCCCAGGAAACAGGCCCGAGCCCCCCCCACCAGGCUUCAUGAGAGGUCGCCCUAUGGGCCCCGGUUACCCCGCCCCGCCUUUGCCACCACCUCCUCCCAGGCGAGCUAUGUACCCCGAGCGUCCUUAUGAGGGCGAUCGGGGUGGUUACGGUGUGGUCGAUUACUACGAAAAGUACAGAGCCCGUCCUUACGGCAUGGGUCCGGGCGGUCCGCCGCCACCGCCUCCGCCGCCUCCUCCCCCUCCCGGCGUUACGCGAGACCGUCUCAUGAACCCGCUCGACCCGUACGAGGGUCGCCCGCCGCCGCCUCCCCCACCUCCUCCGUCGGCGUAUUACGGCCGAGAUCGCAGCCCCCACCGCAGAGCGCCAAACGCGCCCGUUCCUCCUGCCGGUAACGGCUAUGCCUACGAGCGCUCACGUAUCGCUCCCAUUUCCCGGGUCCCACCGUACGGAAUUCCUCGGCCCAGGGACCCCUAUGCACCGCGACUGCCGCCUCCGCCACCGCCGCCGCCUGCACGCUACGCUUAUUAAGCGAGGCCCCAGCAUUUGAAGUUAAGGAUCGUCGUUUCGUCUUCGUCGCCUCUCGCCACCAUCGGAUGUUUGUGACGCUAUCCACUUCCUGUCUUCGGCGGAGCGCGUUAAUGUUCCCCUGCAAUGCAAAGGAACUGAUAUGCCGACGUCUUCGUCUUUUGUUUUCUUGUUUUUGGUCCAGUUUUUACAUAAAUCCCUCCUAGGUUGUUUCAUUGUGAUGUAGAAGCUGUAGUCUUUGCAGCUAAAAGCGUUUUUUAAAAAAUAGGCUUCUAAUUUGGAUCUUUUUAGAUAGCAGGUCCCAGUCAAACCUGUGAGUGUAAAUGUCGACGCACCUUGGUAUUAAAUGCGGAGAAGCACUUUGCUCUCAACAAAAACAAACCUGUUGACGUGAGCACUGAAACGUGUGUAACUGAACGUGUUUAAACCGUUGCUCGGAGCGCUCCUGUACCAACAUCCGCUGUCUGCAAAUGAUUUGUGCCGUCUUGUAAAAUAAACCCAGCGGAAAAAACACCAACUGUGCCCCUUAAAAAAAGUGAUAAUCUCGACGAUGUCCUCGCAAAAAUGUCGAAUGAGCAGUGUUGUUCCGAAAAACAACAACAAAACUGAGCAAAGGCCUCGCCUCCGUUUGUAGCUCGACCCACACCGCAGCCCAGUCAACGACCUCUUGGUGUGGGGGAGGGCAUGGACAAGCCAAAAAGCUCCAAAAUCAGGUAAGUCCAGGGGGGAGCACAUCUGCUGUGAGUUGAAACCAUUUCAAGUAUUUGUAUUGUUUUCAUACUGUUUGUAGUUGAGGUCCCAAAAAUUUGGGGGACCUCAGUGUUUGAAGAUACAUCACACUUUUUUUUCCUUUGUGUUGGAGACAAUUGUAAAUGAGAUUGAUUGCUUGUUCUCACUUUUAAACAACUAGAUUGGUUUAGUCAACAAUUUUCAUUUAGCCAAUGUUUCAUGAGUAGGGAAAAUGCUUUGUAAUCUGACCUGCAUGAAUAAAGUUUUUUGUUUUUUUUAA